AUAGUGUUGUUAUUGAUGUAUUACUGUGGGAACUGUUUUUGCGCACGUGGUAGUAGUCCGGGCAGUUGUUUGUGUAGCUCCGGUUGGUCCCAUCUUGACUACAUUGUAAUCAGAGCGGAGAGGAAAGAGAACUCGUCCAUAUUACAGCUGCUGUUUCAGCGGUUUCUGUGGUGAUGGACCCUCCCGGCGGCCGAGACGAACGUCAUCGUCAAGCGGAGCGGCUUCGGCGGGAGGAGGCAUACUAUCACUUCAUUAAUGAACUGAGUGAGGAGGAGUACAGACUAAUGAGAGACAGCAAUCUUCUGGGAACACCUGGUGAAGUCACAGCAGAGGAGCUGAGGCAGCGUCUGGAUGGUGCAAAGGAGCGAGUGUCAUCUCAGCCACGCCCUGAACCCCGCCCUCAGAGCAGUGAGGCAGAGGGCAGUAGCGGUGCAGUCGAGACAGGUGCUGAGACGUCUAAUGGAGACUCUCUGCUGGAGUGGUUGAACACAUUUCGGCGUACAGGGAAUGCCACACGUAGUGGGCAGAGUGGAAACCAAACUUGGCGUGCCGUCAGCCGCACCAACCCCAACAGCGGCGAGUUCCGCUUCAGUCUUGAGAUCAACAUCAACCACGAGCAACCUGAGCCUGGAGAACACAGUGACACCCCUGAUCCAACUGAGCUCCCAAUGCCGCCACCUCCUCCUCCUCCUCCUCCUCCUCCUCCCCCCCCAGUGUCAUCUGCCUCUGCACCCACGACCCCUUACAACCCCUCAAGGUCUGCACCUUACUCACUUCAACACCCCACGCCGUACUCUACGGCCAGGCCCACCUUGGGAAGGAGGGCCGCGGUGCGCCGCACUCGCAGCAGCACGGCUCCGCCUGUAACGCCGCCUCUGACCUCACAGGCUCCUCCCACGCCUUUGAGGAGGAACUUGCCUUCUGUGCCAAGCUCUCCUCCUCCACAGGCUCCACUCGCUUUUCAGUCACAAGAGCAGGAUGGUGGUGCUGUAAGGGGUCAAAUACAGGUCACAACCUCCUCGGUUAACGCAGGGGAGGGGCAGAAUGGAAAUGAAGGCCCGGACUGCCCCACCGCUCUGCCUCAGUCCGGCCCCCAGGUGGCGCCAGUUGCCCGUGAGCCACGAAACAGCAGGACUCGUUCACGUGGCCGCAUGCGCCGGGCGGCGGGAGCAGGUGGGGCUUUGUCUCGCUCUUCGAGACGUAGCCGGUCCCCCCUGGACAGAAACCCAGCCUCCAGCGUUAGCCCCACCCAUAGCAGCAGCGCUGCCCCAGUGGAGUCCACUGGAAGUACGGCUGUUGCAAUGGAGAUGGGCGAGGCCACCGUAGAGCCGGCUGCUACUACGGAUCCUCCGGAGGCAGGUGAGGAAGAGGGGGAGACUCCUGCGUCAGGCGCUGGAGGUGUGCGGCGCCACCCCACGAUCAUGCUGGACCUCCAGGUGCGGCGCAUUAGGCCAGGCGAGAACCGGGACAGGGACAGCAUCGCUAGCCGCACUCGCUCUCGUGCUCGGGCCGCUGAAAACACGGUCACCUUUGAGAGCGACAGCGGCGGCUUCCGCCGUACCAUCUCGCGCUCAGAGCGCGCGGGAAUCCGCACUUACGUAAGCACUAUACGCAUCCCGCUGCGCCGCAUUUCUGAGACGGGCCUUGGCGAGCCCAGCUCCAUGGCGCUGCGAUCUAUCCUGCGUCAGAUCAUGACCGGCUUCGGUGAGCUUAGCUCCCUCAUGGAGACGGAAGCGGACUCAGAGACUGCGGCACCAAACCAGGACUCCGCUCCUACUGCCGGAGCUCAGACAUACCGCGUCGCUAGCGCCGAGGGAGGUGCGGCCCACGGAGGAGUGGAAUCGGCACGAGAAGGUUUAGUGGAGGGUGAGGAGGAAGGACAAGUGCGGGUGAGCAGGACUGGGCCGGAGGGACGACCUAGCAGCAGGGACACUAACAACCUGGUGGAAAACGGCACAUUGCCCAUCCUAAGGCUGGCGCACUUUUUCCUUCUCAAUGAAGACGAAGACGAGGAGCACCCACGGGGCCUCACCAAAGAACAGAUCGAUAAUUUGGUCACACGCACUUACGGUCAGGUCAACAUGGAGGGCGAGCAGGGUCGCGCUUGCAGCGUCUGCAUCAACGAGUACGCUCAGGGCAACAAGCUGCGCCGCUUGCCUUGUGCCCACGAGUUCCACAUCCACUGCAUCGAUCGCUGGCUAUCCGAAAACAACACCUGUCCCAUCUGCAGGCAGCCUAUUCUGUCCAGCCAUCAGGAAUGAUGUCAGGCUGUAGCUAUCAAUCAAUGGACUGAACGAGUGACUUUUGUUCCACCUUUGGUGGAACCUGUACAUAGUGCUUCAAUGUUUUCAUUCUCUGAGAUCCAUUGUAUUCAAGCUAAAGGUAGAACCAAAAGCAGAAAAAAACUAUAAUGCAGAGAUUUAACAAAGCUUUAUUUUUUUAGACUCCUUUUGUUUUCAUUUCUUACUCUUCUUCCAUUCUCCAUUAUGCUUUGCGGAAGGGCUGCACGAUUAAUCGCAAUUAACCUGAAAUUGUGCAUAAACCGAUUUGGCUUAUUACGAUUAUUAAAUCGCAAAGGCUGCUAUUUUUUUUAAUUUUUUUAUGCGCAGCUUGUCAUUGAAGCACAGCUCUGUGAUCAGUAGUAAAUGCUGCUCCAUCUGAAAGCACUGUGAGUUUGAGUCGCUUAUAACGUGCAUUUGAAAAAGCAACACGUGUCAAACAUCAUUCCAGACAUUAGAAGCAUUUAUGAACCUCUUGUCCAACAAAAGACAACAUUUAAUAACAUGUUUUUACUCCAAACUCACUUCAUAAUGACAGUUGAGCAUCCUUCUGAGAUGAUGUGGCUUCUUACACAGAAUCAGGCACAACGUAUUAUUUCAUAGUAUUCUAUACAUUGAUAAAGGCUAUGUCGAAUAGCAUUUAAGUGUAAUUAUACUUUAUUAUCAUGAAAAUACCCAAGAAGGCUUGAAGAACUCAGAAAAAACAAAUAUUGUCGUAGUCGUGUGUUUAUUAGUCAUGUUUAAUCAAUCCAAGCGUUUCAAUCUUCAGCUACAGUGAUAGUAUGAUGGCUUUCAGAUGGAUUUACUGCUGAUCACAGAGCCGUGCUUCACUGACAAGAUGCGCAUAAAAAAUCACAGCCUUUGCCAAAUCGCGUGCAGUUCAAUUUCGAUUAAUUGUGCAGCCCUAGCGGACAUAUUAACAGACGAAGUGACUAACUCAAACGGAGUUAGGAAUAUUAGCUUCAACUAAAGGUGCAGUCACAUUUACCAUCGUUCAGCAAAUUUUCACGGGCGAAAUCUAAUUUCGCGAAGGUGAAAGAUUGCUGAUUGGAUGUCGCAACGGAUUCUAAUUGGUCACGCAUGUACUACGCUGACCAACAGAAAGCUGCUUGGUUUAAAAGUGACUUCUGUGUGAGUGGUGCUUCAUUCAUCGCUACACUAUUUACAAUGGACAUUUUUUGUCCAUGAAAUUUCACUAAAUGUGACUGCACCUUAAUUCUGUGUCACACAUUUUAAGUUUGGUGGCUUCAAAAAAUGGAUAGACCUCUUAAAACUCUUUAAGGACAUGUAAAUAUAUGAAUGUCUGUGUUUUCGGUUUUAACAGUAAGACAUAUUGUAGAAAGAACCGUAUGCUGUUUCAUUUGCGUUUUCAAAAGGAACCUUUACUUUUAAGCGCUUGCUGAGAAAUCCACCGGUUUUGAAGCUCUAUGAGUCCUCCAUGUAAAUGCUCCCUAAUGUUGGGCAGUGUACUUUUAAAUGCGUUUUCAAUCAAAGCAGGUUUUUAGUGUGAUUUUUCUUUUUUUGAUGGUGUCGAUAAGAAUAGUUAUGGGAUAUGAAUGAUGCACCUGGUCGUAAAUGAAUUUGUCACUGAAAUUCCAAUAGCUGCAUCUGUAUCUGCAUCUUUAUAUUACGGGAAAUGGCAAUGAGCAUCUCCAUAAACACUACAAAACAAUUUUUUAAGCAUAAUAAUUAUUUUCCCUAUGAACUGAAUAUGCUUUCCACUUUGAGUGUCAUUACAUUUCUAAUGAGAACAAGCCAUUUGCAUUUGAACAACUGUUUUGGAGAGCUGAUCGGAUUAUAUGAUAUUGUAUGAGCUAGUAAGUGCAUGCUUGAUUUGUACCUGAGUAUAAACCCAGUCAACGCCCUGCACAUAGUUCACAAUGUUAUAAUGAAAAGCAGAAAUUGAUUAUCACUUGAAAGCACUUGUCAGCCGCUGCACUAUAGGGCAGUACAUUCGAGCCUGUUAUAGGCAUGACUUCUUCCAGGGUGAUGCAAUGAUACAAGGAGACAAUGAAAGAUAUUGAAUGGUGGUUCAAUAUUAUAUGAUAACAUACCUAUGUUUUUUGUUUUACUACUUUUACCCUCACGUUCAGCUAUUUCUAUAGUUUUUAUCAUCACAUUCUCCGUAUCUCACACGGUCUGCCUUGCUUACCUUCCCUCAGUAUUUUAGCAUACAACGGUUUCACUUAUGGCCUUGUCUGAAAGCCCUGUUUGCUCUGAGUCACCAUUUCUUCAUGCAGUGUUGCUCGUUCCCCAUGUGAGGCAGAGCGUGAAGUAGGACUUCUGAAUGAAAGAUCAUGAAUGUAGUGGUAUCUUGCGUCUUUCCAAGGUACACUUUUCCUCAAUGUACAAUAGAUGUCUGCUUAUGUUUCAGGAUCUCAAUUAAAACAAUGACAGAAUCUGUUAUUCAACACCUGUCCUCGAUGUUAUUGUUUUCUUGUAUACUAAAAUAUCCCUUUAUUUUGUCUGUAUGUUGUGAGGAUGUGUGUAUGUUAUAUAAGAAGUGUGAAUUGUAAGUAUGUGUGUAGCAAAUGUGUGUGUAUAUUGCUGAAUGGAACAGAAUGGUUUUUGAGCUGUUGUGUAGCUGCGAGUGGGGGAGCUUUGGCCAUGAAGUUUAGAUAUUUAAUGAUGAGAAAUUGACAUCAUUGAGCUAUGACUAUGUAUUAUGUUAUAAUGUGAUGCUGAAACAGAAGAAUAUGUAUUCUGUUACUAUGUAAUAAAAUAAAACACAUUGAUUUUU